CUCAUCUAAAUUUGUAAUUUCCACUAUCUCCUUACAUUCUUUAAGUGACUGCACCGUGCGUCCUCACCAAGCAAAUUGACACAAUGCGGUCGCACCUCGUCCGCUGCGCUCUUCGCGUUGCAACAGCGUCCACGCCGCGCGUUCUGGCCACACACUCUCGUCUGCACGUUAUCAAACCCGUUGCCUCUUGUCUGGGUCCGCUUCAAAGUGUCUCAAUCCGUGCGUUCUCGCAGUCUCGCGACGACAAUGACACCGACGCGGCUGAGACGGAGGCCUCUCAAUACUUGGGCGUCGUGUACGACGCCACCAAGGUGAAGAAAUACAGCGCCGAGCUCGAGAUCGAAGGCCACAUCAUCAGUGGCGGCGAUUACUGGACAGCACUGGACGCUGCCAAAGCCUACGACGAGCUAGUGACGCUGUACUGCGACUUGGACGAGCCUCGCAACUUUUCCGAGGGCGACACGACCGAAAAUAGUCCAGAAAACGUCGAUGAAAUGGAAUGGGAGGCCCCUGAGGCCGGCAAUCGCCACGCAGAUAUCAUCCCAGCCAUUCCUCAGACCUAUUUGACGAUCGACGAGGUGCAACAGGCUCUGGAACGCGAGAAAGCGAUCGACGUGUACACUGUCGACCUGGCUGGGAAGAGCAGCCUGGCCGACUUUAUGGUGUUCGCCACUGGGCGAUCGCAGGCGCACAUGCGACGCAUGGCCGACCUGUUGAUCAAGUCCAUGAAAGCGCGAGAGCUCGUGGACGACUUCGACUACGCAGUGGAAGGACGAGACUGCGACGACUGGAUGAUCGCAGACUGCAACAACAUUGUGGUGCACUUGAUGCGAGCCGAUACGCGUCGGAUCUUGAAUCUGGAAGACCACUGGGAAAACAUGGUGGACGACAAGCACAGUGUGUAUGGAGACAUGAGCGAGGACGAAUACAUGGACAAGUUCGGCACCAGCGAACUCAUGGAAUACCUGGAGGACGAAGACCAUCAGCAUGGGGACGAAGACGGAGAAGGAUCAGGCAUUGAGUGGAAGUAAGAACAGAGUCGAUAAACUGUUGCAGUCAUUAAACAUGACAGCUUUUUAGGACCGUCAAAGUUAUACACUUUUUUUUAAGGAAAAUGUUUUUAUCCAUUACUGGUUUCAAUAAAUACCCCUGCUGUCUCC